AUGUGCGGGCGAUACGCCCUAGGCGUGCGCUUGGCGUAUAUCCAGCAACGCAUACAAGAGCAAGGCAUGCCGGUGGACGAAGCACCAGAUGAUGAUGAAGUCAGAGAAACAUAUAAUUUUGCACCUGGAAACUUCGGUGCUGUCUAUCGUGCCGAUGUCCCUGAACAAGGGCGUUCGCAUGUCGCCGAUAGUGAAGACCAGAACCAAAACCAUGAGAAGUCCCAAGGUGAUAAGGAUCAGAUGUCCAAGCCUGCAGACAAAGAAGCCAUCCGAUACAAGCUUCAAAGCAUGAAAUGGGGUCUCAUUCCUUUCUGGACGAAGCAGCAGCCAAAUUAUGGAUCCAUGUUGCGCACGAUCAACUGCCGUGAUGACUCGCUGACCGAAGACCGUGGAAUGUGGACCACCAUGAAGCGGCGUAAAAGAUGCAUCGUAAUUUGCCAAGGCUUCUAUGAAUGGCUGAAGAAAGGUCCCGGAGGCAAGGAAAAGGUCCCGCACUUUGUCCGACGUAAAGACGGGGAACUGAUGUGUUUUGCUGGGCUGUGGGACUGUGUCUCAUAUGAAGGCUCGGAUGAAAAGCUGUACACCUACACUGUUAUCACGACCUCAUCCAACCCCUACUUGAAGUUCUUGCAUGACCGGAUGCCGGUCAUUCUCGACCCGGGGAGCGAAGAAAUGAAGAAAUGGCUUGAUCCUAAGACAACAGCCUGGUCGAAAGAUCUCCAGUCCAUACUCAAGCCAUACGAGGGUGCAUUGGAGUGUUACCCUGUCCCCAAGGAGGUUGGCAAGGUUGGAAACAACUCUCCGGAUUUUAUUGUGCCUGUCAACAGCAAAGAAAACAAGAGCAACAUCGCGAAUUUCUUUGAAAAUGCUAAGAAGAAGGAAGAAAAGCCCACAGCUACAUCUGAGGUGCCUGAAACCUUUCCAAAGCAGGAGCCUGUGUCGCCAGAAGGGAAGGUUGCAAAAGAGGAGCGUUCUACAUAUGAUCAUGAGUGGAGCGAAGACAAUGCCCCAAAACCAGUACCUGCUGUCAAGAGACAGCAUAGCCCAGAGGACUCGAGCCUUGCAGAGGAAAACAAAAAGCAAAAGACAGACCCAAAGCCCACAGGGCUGUCGCCACAGAAGACAAAGUUGCGAAGCGCUACCCAUAAUAGUCCCAUGAAGAGGUCCAGUGAGACCAAGGCAAAGGAUGGUUCGCAGCCAAUUACGAACUUUUUCAAAAAGUGA